AUGAUGUAAUUUGAUUUAAGGGUCGCAAAACCUCUAUUAAAUAUUUAAUUGAAAUUUUAUAAAAAGAAUAUAAAAAACAAGAAAUUUUUUUUUGUAAAAACGAAAAUAACUAAAUAAAUUUUAACAAGCCAAAAAAUUUGAUUAUAAAAUAAAUUUAAUUUUAUAAUUUUUGAUCCUAUUAAAAUAAAAGUACUCAAAACAAUAUGCCGUGGGGUUUUGUGACUUGUGGUCCAAAUGAGGCAUUAGUAGUCUCAGGAUGCUGUUAUAUGAAACCACUAUUAGUACCGGGCGGUCGGGCAUUUGUAUGGCCAGCAGUUCAACAAGUUCAAAGAAUAUCCUUAAAUACAAUGACACUUCAAGUUGAAAGUCCUUGUGUUUAUACGAGUCAAGGUGUACCAAUUUCAGUAACAGGAAUUGCUCAAGUAAAAAUUCAAGGACAAAACGAAGAUAUGCUAUUAACAGCAUGCGAACAAUUUCUUGAUAAAAGUGAAGCUGAAAUUCAGCAUAUUGCAUUAGUAACAUUAGAAGGACAUCAACGUGCUAUAAUGGGAUCAAUGACUGUAGAAGAAAUAUAUAAAGAUCGUAAAAAAUUCAGUAAACAAGUUUUUGAAGUAGCUUCAUCAGAUCUUGUUAAUAUGGGAAUAACAGUUGUAUCAUAUACAUUAAAAGAUAUACGCGAUGAAGAGGGUGAUUCGAAGACAACAAGAACUCUUGGCAAUGCUGCAGGCGGUACAUUAAUACGUCUUGAUCAAAUUAGAGAAAAUCAAGGAUAUCUCAAAUCACUUGGUAUGGCUAGAACAGCUGAGGUAAAACGUGAUGCUCGCAUUGGUGAAGCUGAAGCAAGAUGUGAUGCACAAAUUAAAGAAGCUAUUGCUGAAGAGCAACGUAUGGCUGCACGUUUUCUUAAUGAUACAGAAAUUUCAAAAGCACAAAGAGAUUUUGAAUUGAAAAAAGCUGCUUAUGAUGUUGAAGUUCAAACUAAAAAAGCUGAAGCCGAAAUGGCUUAUGAAUUACAAGCUGCCAAAACUAAACAACGUAUUAAAGAGGAACAAAUGCAAGUAAAAGUUGUCGAACGCACACAAGAAAUUGCUGUACAAGAUCAAGAAAUGAAACGUCGCGAACAAGAAUUAGAAGCAACAAUACGUAAACCAGCUGAAGCUGAAAAAUUCCGUUUAGAAAAGAUAGCAGAAGCAAAUAAAUAUCGUGUUGUUCUUGAAGCAGAAGCCGAAGCUGAAUCAAUUAAAAUUCGUGGUGAAGCUGAAGCCUUUGCGAUUUCAGCUAAAGCUAAAGCUGAAGCAGAACAAAUGGCGAAAAAAGCUGAAGCCUACAGAGAAUAUCGGGAAGCUGCUAUGGUUGAAAUGUUGUUGGAUACUUUACCAAAGGUUGCUGCCGAAAUUGCUGCACCUUUGUCACAAGCCAAGAAAAUUACCAUGGUCUCCACUGGGUCUGGUGAAGUUGGUGCUGCCAAACUUACUGGUGAAGUUUUGGAUAUCGUCAAUAAAGUACCAGAACUCGUUAAAAAUAUCACUGGUGUAGAUAUUGCUAGGUCUGUUCAUGCUGGCUAAAUUUAAAAUAUAAAUGAAAAAAAAAAAAUCUAAAUCAAUAAAUCCGAAGAAAGUACAUACAUAAAAGUAAUAAUAAUAAUGGUCUAGAAUUAAAAAUUAAAGCAAAGGAAGUUAAAACAAAAAAUUAAUGUUAUUUUCAAUUUAAUUAAAACUACAAUAUAGGUUUUCUCCUCCAAAUAUAAAAUAUAAUUUGUCAUUUUCAAUAACAACUAGAUGGUAUACGGCAGGCUACGUCAAAUUUUUGAUUUUGAUAAAAUUAACAUUUUAAAUAAAAAGAACUGAAAUAUACUUUUAUAUUCUGAUUUAUUUGUAACAAAAAUUAAUGCGAUUUUAAAUUUAAAUUAAAAAAAAAAAAUAACAAAAUCCAAAAAGAGUUCAAAUUGAAAAUAAUCUAAAAAUUUGGCCUUAACUAUUUUUAAUUUUAGGCCAAUUCUUUAAAAAUUGAAAUUCAGAAAAAAAACAAUCUUCUUUUAUAAUAGUAAAUUAUAGUAAUAAAAUUCAAACCUUUUAAAAUUUUAAUAAAAAAAAACAUGAGUUUAUAUAAUAAAAUAAAUCAUUGAAAUGAAAUUGAAAAAUUAAAAAAUCCAAUUUAAAUGUUUUUUAUAUUAUACCUGGAAUAUU